AUGUUGAGAUCUGUUGCUACUCGUUCUAGUGCUAGUGCCCGUUCUUCGCUUUUCUCUAAGCUUUUGCGUCGUACUUAUUCCAGUCACAAGGAAUUGAAGUUCGGUGUCGAGGGUAGAGCAGCACUGUUGAGAGGUGUGGAGACGUUGGCUGAUGCAGUUUCUGCUACUUUAGGGCCAAAGGGCAGAAAUGUUCUUAUUGAACAGCCUUUUGGUGCACCAAAGAUCACCAAAGACGGUGUAACUGUCGCAAGAGCUAUUGUUCUAGAAGACAAGUUUGAGAACAUGGGUGCUAAGCUGCUGCAGGAAGUUGCGUCCAAGACGAACGAAGCUGCCGGUGACGGUACGACAUCUGCCACCGUGCUGGGGAGAGCUAUCUUCACGGAAUCUGUCAAAAAUGUAGCAGCCGGUUGUAAUCCUAUGGAUCUAAGAAGAGGCUCGCAAGCGGCAGUUGAAAAAGUCAUCGAGUUCUUGAGGGAAAACAAGAAGGAAAUCACCACGAGCGAAGAGAUCGCCCAAGUGGCCACUAUCAGUGCCAAUGGAGAUUCCCAUGUUGGUAAACUCUUGGCCUCUGCGAUGGAGAAGGUCGGCAAGGAAGGUGUUAUUACUAUCAGAGAAGGUAGAACUCUGGAAGACGAACUUGAGGUCACGGAAGGUAUGAGAUUCGACCGCGGUUUUAUUUCCCCUUAUUUCAUCACCGAUCCUAAAUCGGGCAAAGUUGAAUUUGAAAAACCAUUACUGUUAAUCAGUGAAAAGAAGAUUUCGGCAAUCCAAGAGAUUUUGCCUGCACUUGAAUUGUCAAACCAAUCAAGAAGGCCUUUAUUGAUUCUUGCAGAGGACAUUGAUGGCGAAGCUUUGGCUGCUUGUAUUUUGAACAAAUUAAGAGGUCAAGUCAAAGUUUGUGCUGUGAAAGCUCCUGGAUUUGGUGACAAUAGAAAGAACACUCUUGGAGAUAUCGCUAUACUAACUGGCAGCACAGUCUUCACUGAAGAACUAGACUUGAAGCCAGAACAAUGUACUAUCGACCAACUAGGUUCCUGUGAUUCAAUUACCAUUACGAAGGAAGAUACUGUCAUUUUGAAUGGUAACGGUAACAAAGACUCCAUUGAAACAAGAAUUGAACAGAUCAAAAAUUCAAUUGAUUUGACAACAACAAACUCCUACGAAAAAGAAAAAUUACAGGAAAGACUGGCAAAAUUGUCUGGUGGUGUUGCAGUCAUUAGAGUUGGAGGCUCAUCCGAAGUCGAAGUCGGCGAAAAGAAAGAUCGUUACGAUGAUGCUUUGAACGCAACAAGAGCCGCCGUCGAAGAAGGCAUAUUACCAGGUGGUGGUACCGCUUUAGUUAAGGCUUCUCGUAUACUGGAUGAUGUCAAAGUUGAUAACUUUGACCAAAAGUUGGGUGUUGACAUCAUCAGAAAAGCAAUUACGAGACCCGCAAAACAAAUUAUUGAAAAUGCAGGUGAAGAAGGCUCCGUUAUCGUCGGCAAACUAGUUGACGAAUUUGGUGAUGAUUUUGCAAAGGGUUAUGACGCAGCAACCAGCAAUUAUACUGAUAUGUUAGCUGCUGGUAUCAUCGAUCCCUUCAAGGUUGUCAGAUCAGGUUUAGUAGACGCUUCUGGUGUUGCAUCCUUGUUGGCAACUACCGAGGUGGCCAUCGUCGAUGCUCCACAGCCUCCAUCUGCUGGCGGUGCUGGCGGUAUGCCAGGUGGUAUGCCAGGAAUGCCUGGUAUGAUGUGA